GGGAAAAGUAAAAAAUAAAAUAAAUAAAUCAUGCCUAACUCAAUGAAGUUUAAUUGAUUGAAUAAAUAAAUUAAAAAUCAGCUUGAAAUAAAAUUAUGUUUUAAAAAUUUAAUUAGCAUUAGUAUUUUUUAUUUAAGCAAAUAUUGUUUAAUCUUUUAACAUAAAAUUGUUUAAAAAAUAAUAAAAUGUAAAUGAAAAACAUCAAUUGCACACGGGCUGAAAAAUUUUUUCUGUUAGGCAGAAAUAAUAAUACAAAGAAAAGCCAAGAUUGUCCUAUUGAAGUUAUAAUUUUCAUCGUUCUUUUAUCAACAUGUAUUGUAGUUCUAUUUCUUAUUGAUUCAAAAAAAUAUUACUAUUACCUGAAUCAAUCAUCAGAAAACAUCAUUAUAAAACACUGCAAAAAAACAUAUCAUGAAGAUUUGGAUGAAAAAGGAAUAUUUAGCAGGGUUGUAUCCAGCCGAAAGAAAGAAGAUAAUGAUGAGUGCCAAAGAACACUUGCAUUAAAAAGAAAUUCAAAAAAUGUAAAUAAAUCAAUAUUUUGGGGUGGAAGUGUUUAUUUCAUAAAAGAUGACAGAAUCAUCACAGAUCAAGAAGCUUGCGCUCUUGAGUCGGUACUCCAUAAAUACCCAACUAACCACACUCAUUUGAUUGAAUUGCUUCUAUGGCUGUAUGGUGGUGCUGUCAUGUCGUUUGAUGUCCUUUUAAAUACUCCAGACAUUUUGAAUUAUGAUGGUCUAUACCUCUCUCCAUAUGUUAUGGUAAGCAACAAAAAUUGCCACACUUUCCUUUUCAAGAUAUUAAAGAAACUCAAAUCAGAGAUAGAUGGACACCAAUACUCCUGCGGUUACUUAAAGCAGGAAAACAAGCAAAAGUGAAGAGUACUUGAUACUUGAUACUAGCUAAAACAGCUUUUUUUUAUUUCUAUGUGACUCCAGGCAUCCAGCCUAUCAAUGUAAUAUUUACCAUAUUUAAGGCGGAUCUCGCCUCUUUUUGUAUGGCUGUAAUGAAACUUCACUUUUAAUAUCCCACAUAUUUUUGUAUCUCAAGAUUGAUAUUGAAUGUACGCAAAUAAUUUUCAUUCCAGAAGAUUAAGAGUAACAAUUUGGAGUACAUAAUUCAUUAUCUGAUUUCAGGCUUUCUUUCUUUUUAUUUAUUUUUUUUUUUUUUAUAGAAUAAUUAUUCAUAAAUUUAUUCUACUUUUUUUUUGUUUUACAGGUGUAUGUGGGUGUUGUAAAAAACAUAUGGUUAAUUUAAAAUUUCAGUUGGUCAGAUAAUAUUUUCAAGUGCUAAAGUCCAUUCUAGAGUUCUUUUAUUGGUUUCUGUAAGAAAUGCAAAUAAAAUUAUUUUCUGUAACUCUAUUAACAAAUAAUUUGAAAAAAAUAAUGAUUAAUAAUAAUUUCUCCCAUAUUUCUAUUAAUAAUCAAAACAUAAGUAUUUUCAAUUCACUUAACACUAAAAUGUCAUUGUACUGCAGUAGCAGUAUAAUAACAUGAAUAAAUUGAGGAAUAUAUAUAUACAUAAUAUAUAGGCGAUAUAACAGUUUAGGAUAAAACUAAAAAGGCAGAAUAGUUAUCCUAUGAAUAUAUUGUUUUAUAACCAAUCAACCAAGGAUCUUAAAUGCUUCAGUAAUCAUAAACAUUCUCAUUGGCACCUAAUGUACCUACUCAUCACAAAGAUUAUUGGGUUCAGAACAACAAGAUUAUACUACCAGCCAAUAAGACGAUGAGUAAAGAUGAGAGGCUACGUUUAAUACUGAUUGAACAAGAGGGUUAUGAUCAAAACCCUAGAACAACUGGUAUAGCCCAUGGAGCAGCUACAGUAUUUGCAAAAUGGCCAUCUUAUAUAGCCUCUGCAAUAUGGCUGAUAGUUUUUAUUGUUUCACUAAUAACUCUUAUAAUGUUGGUGACCUUCAUGUCCCUACUCAACCAAGGAAAAAUAGUUGAGCAAAAUCUUUAUAUACCACAAGAAGAAAACCAGGGAAAGGAUAUUAAAAGCGAAUUCUGCAAUCAAAUGAUAGAUAAAGCACAUGAGAAGAGACAAAGUAUUCCUGAAAAAGAUCUAGAAGUUUUCGAUUCUGGAAAUAACAUAUUUUACAUGGUGCUAAAACCAUUAGAUAAAUAUUCAGCUUGUUCUAUUGAGUCUGUAUUACGCUUAUCUCCAAGCAAAAAUAUAUUUCUUAUGUUUCUAAAACAUAUACAGCAAUCGUAUGAACAUGCACUAAGUUUGAAAUAUGACAAUUUUAAUAUAAUCAACAUAGAAGGUAAAACAAUCACGAGGGGAUCUCCAUUUGAAGGAAAAUGGAAAGCAGAUGAUAGGUCAUUAUUUGAAGUGGCUUUACUAACGGUAUGGCAGUUUGGAGGAACCGUUCUUUCAGAAGACCUGUUAAUGUUAAAUAAUAGGUUAUAUGAUAAUGAAAAUAUAAAUUGUCAAAUAGAUCCAGAAUUGAUCUAUUGCCCGCAGCAAUGUGCAGCAUAUUUGUAUGACCUCAUAGGAGAAACACUGAGACAGAAUCGUAAUUUAUCAAUGGAUAAUCUAAUAGACAGUUCGAUAAUGAAGUUCUGUGGCUCAGAACAUUUUAUACAAACUGGCUGCCGAGGCGUGAUAAGAAUAGACGGUAUGGAAAUGUGCAACAUGCCUGAAGAGAGGUGCAUGUUUGUCAGGAGUAGGGAGUGGAUAAAUAUAGCUAAAAAUAUGAAUGAUACCUUAUGGAAAGAAAUGAGUAGCUACUGUCCCGCAACCCAAAAGUACCAAAAUACUGUUGACAGGCUGGUCAUAAAAGAUGAAGAGACAGAAUCAACAAUUACAACAACCCAAAGAUAUACUCCACCAAUCAAUUCCACAGCUACUUCAACUGAAUUGAAUUAUUAUAAUACUACAGUAAGAAGCAAAACUGGUGUGGAGAUUUUCAGUUAUAAAUGACAGAACAAUUGGUUCUUA